GGGCGGUUUGAAAGGAAGAGGGGGUUCUUGUAAACUUGCUUGCACAAAUUAUGUGGCGAGACCGAUAAUAUCUGCAUGCUCUAAAUACUAGAUGUGAUGUGCAAGUUGGAUGAGGACAAACGCUUGUGUAAUUUAUCUUUUAGUAAACUGAAGAUGGCGAGCGUGCAUGAAAGUUUGUACUUCAACCCUAUGAUGACAAACGGUGUGGUCCACGCUAACGUGUUUGGCAUUAAAGACUGGGUGACUCCGUAUAAAAUCUCCGUCUUGGCGCUGCUGCAUGAGAUGACCGCUUCCAAGAUGACACUUCCAGAAAGAAGACGACUGAACAAGCUUAUUCUUCCCCUUCAGCAGGGUCCAGAUUUGACACUCGGUCAGUUCCUCAAGACGGUGGAGGAGUGUUGUCCUCAGACUGCAUAUGCUGUCAAAAUCAGGCUACAUGAAAUGGCAGAUGGAGAACUGAAAGAUAUGGAGUCCUUUUUUUCAACUCUUCCCACCCCAUUCACUGCUUUUGACUCUGAAGCUUAUAAAACCAGUGUUGUGGGUCUUUUUAUGAGGCACAUGCUGCUGGCGUACAACAAGCUAUCUUUCAGUCAAGUUUACAAACUGUACAAGUCUCUGCAGCACUACUAUCACAGUCACUAUGCCAAGCCUGCACAUGGGCGAGUGGGUUUGCCGGUGCUGGUUGCAGAUGUCUCAGAUAUGGACCUCACCAGCACUGAGGACACAGUGGGAGACAGAGUGGACAAAGAGGAGGUGGAUGCCCCAUUGCAUGUGUCAGAGCUACGAAGUGACAAUGCUCCAAGCAAAGGUCCGCUAUCACAAAAACAAGCGGAGUAUUUUCUUGCAAGACAGGCAUAUCUCCUGAAGAACGACGAGAACAAAGCUCUAAAGCCUGCUUCACUGCAAGAAGAGCUCAAUAACAUGUUGAAGUUUAACCCAGAUUUUGCUGAAGCUCACUAUCUGAACUACUUGAACAGCAUGAGAGUCCAGGACAUCUUCAUCUCUGCUCACAGCCUCUUACAUUAUUUUGACCGCCUCAUUUUGUCAGUUAAUGAGGGAAAAAGCAACGGCGAUGAAGGCUACGGUCGAAGUCUUCGCUACGCUGCUCUUAACUUAGCGAGCCUACACUGUCGCUUUGGCCACUACCAGCAGGCGGAUUUGGCUCUGCAGGAGGCCAUUCGCAUAGCCCAGGAGUCCAAUGAUCAUGUGUGCUUGCAGCACUGUUUGAGUUGGCUCUACACACUUAAACAGAUGAAGGGUUCGGACAGCACAGUGUUAACAGAGGACUCUGUGAAAAUGGCCGCCCAUUUCUGCCUCCCAUAUCUAGCAUCUCUGGGCAUUCAGUCGUUAGUCCAGCAGGGGGCGACACAGGGUAAGACUGCCCACAAACUGAUGGAUGCACUGAAGGACACAGACAUCCUGCACUGGAAGCACAGUCUGUCGGAGCUGAUCGAGAUCAGCUUGGCUCAGACUACAUCCAUAUGGAGGAUGUACGGGAAGAGCACCAUGGCUCUGCAGCAGGCCCAGCUGCUUCUCAACAUGAGCAGUCUGGAGUCGGUCAACUUCGGGGUCCAGCAAAACAACACAGAGGCGUUUGCCGUGGUUCUCUGUCACUUGGCCGAGCUGCAUGCUGAGCAGGGCCUCUACAAUGCUGUUACAGAGAUUUUUCAGCAUUUGAAAGAACAGUUUCCUUCUCACACACAACAUGCAAAGCUCUGGAUGCUGUGUGACCUGAAAAUCCAGUUUGAGAGACAUAUGAACGAAGGGAAAUUCCAUUUGGCAGAACUGCUAGUAACGGCUAUCUCUGCCUUGAACAAAACAGAAGGCCUAUACAGGAAAGCUCUAGUUCUGAAGGCUCUCAACCGCAGCACUGAAGCGUACAGCAUCUUACAGCGGCUGCAGGUUCAAUGUGAGAAGACCAAGACCACAGAGAUAAUUAUCAGAGUGAUGCUGUCCACUGCUGAGCUUCACUGGGAGUCAUCUGGCUUCGCCACAGCUCUUCCUAUCCUCCUGCAGGCCUUGGCUCUGGCCAGACAGCACCACCUACAGUCCCUGGCCUCAGAAGCCAUCCUUCAUCUGGCUUUCACUCAGCUGAUGCUGGGAGUCCCUGAGCAGGCUCUGAGUGUACUUCAUGAAGCCAUGGAGCCCGUUCUGGCCCACGGAGCUGUCAUUGACAAAGGCCGUGCCUUGCUGCUGGCAGCUCGUUGUCAGAUGGCAGUGGCUGGAUUCAGGCCAAACAUACAAGGUCAACCAGAUUUGCACUUGGCAGCUUUGGCUGUUGACACGCUUAACGAGGCUACCGCCUAUUUCAUCAAGCUGAACUGUAAGGAGCGGCUUCGGGACGUCCACUACCUGCAGGCUCAGCUCCACCGCUCCCUCGGACACACCUCACAGAGCAACAAAAGCGCCAUGCUGUUCCGACUGCUGGACAGGGAGCUGCAGUCGCCAGCACCUCCUGUCUCUAUGAGACUUUAGCCACGCACUCGUUCCAAUAAAACCAAGACUUCUCCUUUUAACUGUGGGGUUGAGUUGCAGCAACUCACCACUAGAUGGUAGUGAGAUUCUGUUCUGCCUUUCUUCAAACUGAAGCAUUUCAUUUAUAAAUAUUUUGAAGUGGCGAUAAAUUUAACUCAUGGCAGAUGGUGCCUAGAUGAUAAUUUAACAAAACAAUGUCAGCAGCCAUGAAUAAAAUGAAUUUCAAAUAAAUGAAGAAUGUAUACAUUGUGUCAUAACUUGUGGUUAGGUAGGUUUGAGCGAUGGUCUUAAACAUAGCAUGCGGUUUGGUAGCUUCUGCCAACCGCUGAGGUUGGUCUGGCAGACACAAAUGUUCGGUUACUAAAUGAUGAAAAAAUGUUACAAGUUUAUCAGAGGCUGUCACAGCUCUGCUGAUUUAUCUGGUACUUUUUGAUGAAUGAGGGUGAUUAUCACAGUUCGCUGCUGGAUGAAUGUGCUUCAUUUGCCUAGAUGAUCCAUAUUUUGCCCAUAAGAAUACAGAUGAAGCUAGAAUUUUAAAGAAUCAUGCUCACGUUAGGUUAUGAUGGGACUGCACGCGCUUGUUUAUCCUCAACCCUCCAAACCUUCCUGCUGCAUCAGUUUAAGUACCAUUUUUGAUUUUGUUACUUUCUGUUGAUUAAAGAUUUCAGGAAUUU